AUGAAAUUUGGUGAUGUUGUGUUGGCUUUGUUGUUAAUACUUCUCCGCUUAAAUGAGAGCGCACCCGAGGUAUUCCAAAACAUCAGCGGAAAGUAUCAGCUGGUCUCCGAAGCGUACUCAGUCACAAAGCAACUGUUCCUGCAAGGCCGCGAGAACUACAACAGCCUGAAGAACAGAUCCCUCCACGUGAUUGACACCUUCCUCGAUCUCGUGCACAUCAUGAACGGCGAAAUGGCCCGCGAGCUGAGGAGCGCUGUGGUCAAGUUUUAUAGAGUGAAAUAUUUCCACGAUUUCACGAAUUACGUCAUAUCCUUAGAGGAGAUAGUAGACUUUAUCGAGCACUGCCUCGUAGAGCCGCUGGCGAAACAAGAUGAGAUCAGGGAGCAGUUCCACGACGUGAUAAAGAACUUCCAGGACUCGCGUAAUUUCGAAGUUGUCAACAAAUGUUACAACGAGCUACCUGAUGAAGUUGCCACGGCUCAUUGCCUCAUCCAUCAGGCUGUCCUUUUCAACGAAACGAUGCAAGCGAGCCUGAUCGCCAUCGUGGAGCUAAAGACGCGCCAGCACGCGCUGGACGUGAACUCGACGCUGUUCGGGGUGCAGAGGUGCCUCGAGGAUCUCGUGCCGAACUUCUUCGGGCAGCUGCUGGUGGACGCGUACACGGCCCGGUGCGGCUACCUCAAGGUGGUGAACGCGUCCGUCUCCGACCUGGUCAGCGACCGCUGGAGGAAAUUCCACGGGACGAACUUCCCCAAGAAGUGGAGCCCGCUCGUCAGCCUUUUGAAACGCAAACCGACGACAGAGCAUCAAAACACCCAAGAACCGUUAUUUUUAACUAUGCUCGCGGCGAAUUUAACUCCACACGAUAUCAUAUCUACGCUUUAUACA